GCGCUGCCAGUCACAGAGCCCAACUUCCGGGUGAGGAGCGGCGACGGCGUCGGGAGCAUGCGGAGGGUGACCCUGUUCGUCAAUGGCAGCCCCAGGAACGGGAAGGUUGUGGCUGUUUAUGGGACUUUAUCAGACUUGCUGUCUGUGGCGAGUAAUAAACUUGGAAUUAAAGCAACCAGUGUGUACAAUGGAAAAGGUGGACUCAUUGAUGACAUCGCUUUGAUUAGGGAUGAUGACGUUUUGUUUGUUUGUGAAGGGGGACCAUUUAUUGAUCCUCAGACAGAUGCAAAACCUCACGAAGAACGAACAGGAGCACACACAGAUUGGUUAACGUUAAAUGUCGGAGGGCGAUAUUUUACAACCACACGGAGCACUUUAGUUAAUAAAGAACCUGAAAGUAUGCUGGCCCAUAUGUUUAGAGAUAAAGAUGCCUGGGGAAAUAAGAAGGAUCACAGAGGAGCAUUCCUAAUUGACCGCAGUCCAGAGUAUUUUGAACCAAUUCUGAACUAUUUGCGUCAUGGACAGCUCAUUGUAAAUGAUGGCAUUAAUUUACUAGGUGUUUUGGAAGAAGCCAGGUUUUUUGGUAUUGAUUCACUGAUUGAACAUCUAGAAGUAGCUAUUAAGAAUUCACAGCCAGCAGAGGACCAUUCUCCUAUAUCACGAAAGGAAUUUGUCCGGUUUUUGCUGGCAACCCCAACCAAGUCUGAGCUGCGUUGUCAGGGUCUAAAUUUCAGUGGAGCAGAUCUUUCCCGUCUAGAUCUUCGGUACAUAAAUUUCAAGAUGGCUAACUUAAGCCGCUGCAACCUAGCACAUGCCAACCUAUGCUGCGCAAAUCUGGAGCGAGCUGACCUCUCUGGAUCAGUGCUUGAUUGUGCAAACCUUCAAGGUGUAAAGAUGCUUUGUUCCAAUGCAGAAGGAGCAUCACUAAAAGGAUGCAACUUUGAAGAUCCUUCAGGCCUUAAAGCUAACCUGGAAGGUGCUAACCUGAAAGGUGUGGACAUGGAAGGAAGCCAGAUGACAGGAAUUAAUUUAAGAGUAGCAACGCUGAAAAAUGCAAAGCUAAAAAACUGUAACCUCCGAGGAGCAACUCUGGCAGGAACUGACUUGGAGAAUUGUGAUCUUUCAGGGUGUGAUCUACAAGAAGCUAACUUGAGAGGAUCUAACGUAAAAGGAGCUAUCUUUGAAGAGAUGCUGACACCUUUACAUAUGUCUCAGAGUGUCAGAUAGGACCAGGAAGAGCUGAUGGGAAGGAAACUGGCUGACCAGAAAGAAAAGUGAAACACUUAGACUUUCUUUCUCCACCCACUCUCCUUACUAGUCUUGAAAUCAUAUUUUAUUAUGUAACUUAUAUUCAGUAGUGCCUACAGAGAAUUUGUUGUUUUUCUUCUUUUUGGGAGGAACUUUUUAUUUAUUAGCAGCAACAUCUACCCCUAUCGCUGCCUUUUUGAAUAGAGCAGGGGAAAUGGUUUGGCUUUAGAGACAGAUUUUUUUAAAGCAUUUUUUAUCAUCACCUCAAUUCAGAAUAGAUGUUAAGGAUUUUAACUUAUAAAAGCACAAUAUAUGCAAUCUGUUAUUUGUUAAAUCUGUAGCUACAUACGAGUAUAUAAAAUAUUAAAUUCAUGUACAGUAGCAAAAAGGUCAGGUUUACAACUAGCAUUAGUGUGUCUGCAGUUAGUUCCUGUGUCCAUGCACAAUAUAUUGAAUGAUGAAUGUGUUGGGAACAAAGCCCACAGAACAUUUUUUCAGGUACUUUUUUAAAAGGGGGAGGGGGAGUACACAGCCUUUUUUUUUUUUUUUAAGUCAUCACAGGUAGCAUGCUGCCUUUUAGUAGUUUGAUUGUGGAUAUACAAUUGCUUGAUCAACUACAAAAAUAGGCAGUGGAAACCUUUUCUAGUGAAGAGAAUGGCAAAGAAAUUCAGAGUGGAGUGCUGCUAUUAUUAUGAGCAUCUUAAGUGUGCAUAUUUCAAUACAACCUAUUUAUUUAAUCUCCUCAGUGUAAAAUUGCACUAUUCAAGUUGACAGGCAUAAACCCCCUGGGUACAUAAUCCUUUCCUAUAUUGAAUCUGAGUGCCCAUGCAUUCUGUGGGGAACAGAAUUAGAAGAGAGAGAAAAUCCAUCCCCUUCACCAAAAGAGGCAUUAGGCACUACAUUUCUGCAUGGCUUCUUGACUUCUCCAGUAGACAAAAGGAAUGGCAACUCUUGCACCUGAACACACAUUAUGCAAGUUUUCUUGUAUGACAGAAGCAUGGAUAAGAGCUCUGAACCGGUACAAUGUGCAAAACCCCUUUCCAGUCCCACUUGUGAUUACAUAGGAAUAUAUAGAGAUUCUGCUAGGCCUGUGCAAAGCGGCUAGUAUUCGCUUAGAGUCUGAUUAGGAGAUUUGGCUGCAGCCAAAGCAGCCCAUCCCUCCCACCCGCUCUCCCAGCCCCGUCAAUGGCUGACCCGCCUGGCUCCAGCCUCCCAGCUUAGAAACCGAACCCCCCCACCUCCCCUUGCUGUCAAGCAGAGGGGCAAUCCCCACUGCCCUGCAGGGAGGCUGAGGGGGAGGGCUCUACUAGAAGCCCUGAGGCCACUGCAGCAGCCAGUGAGCUGGGGCUUUUUUUUUUUUUUUUAAGAACUGGGAGCUGGGAGCUGGGGUGGGCUGGGAGAGCAGGCAGGGUUUGGGAGGCUCGUGGCAGAGGCCCCCCCCCCCCAUGUGGCAGGGGACUAUGGGGGGCAGCAGGGAAUCACCCCCCUGCCUGGCAGUAGCUGUUGAGUAGAGACUUUUUCAUUGGUCUCCCAAUUCAAUUUGGAUUUGGAGAUUCGGCCACUGAAUCGGGCCGAAUCUCCUCCAAAUCUAAAUCAGCACCCAAAGCUUUGCACAGCCCUAGUUUCUGCAGUGCAGAAAGUCGUAGAGAAGGAGUCUGCUGGCUUCAUUUGAUAAGAUGUUUCCAUUGUCCUAUCAAUCAGUAGCUAGGUUGACUUUGUACACAUUGAAACAAGCACAUGAAGAAACUAUACCAAAUAAAGGUUGGUGCAGCAAAAACACUUACCUCACGUUUACUAACUUAAAGUACUCCAAAGUUGAAACCAGUAUAGAUCAAAAGAAACGUGAAUCUUACUGGGAGAUAAAAGCAACUGUAUCAUAACCAACAAAACGUGACAAUGGGUAGUGGCAAUCUUAAUUUCCACUAUCAUGUAGGUGUGUUGCCUUUUUAGUUAUGGGAGUGUAGUUUAUUUACUGCCCUCUCUCCAGGGAAAGUGGUGCGGUCUUAACAGUUACAGCAGAAGCGCAUUGUCAUUUAUUGUUGUGGAAGAGACUGGCUCUGGGUUCAUGACCUCUUGGGAGAAGUCUAAAAGAGUUUAACCUUGUUUACAAGUUAGGUUGACUAGAGCAUGACACAUGACUUCCUGGGGCUCAAGGUCAUCCAGUGAGUUGGAUCAAAAGCAAGUCUGUAGCUUGCCAGAACUUCUUCAUCCAGAUCUAGGGCAACACUGUGUCUUUGCAACGGAUUUGUAUCUCCGUAGUAAAAGUUAUGUUAUCGUCACAGGUUCAUUUCCUCUCUCAAGUCAUUGCCUUCCUCAGGGGAGCAGUAAGCAUGACUUGGAACGAGAAUGAUUCUUAUGGCUGCAGAAAUUAUUAAAUUAAAUUAAUUAUUUUUCAUUGUCUUAUUUUGUAGCAGGCAGAGGUAGAAUAUUGUAUGGGAGAAAUCUAUUUUCAUAAUCAGUGUGUAUAAAUUAUAUUUAAACUUUCAUGGUGCAUGUUUUUGAAUAAUCACAACAUAAGGCAUUGUUCACUCACAGCUGAGUGACAAGACUGAAGGAACAGCCCAAAGUGGCUUAUUUGGAAACAGCAGGCUUCAACCAAAUAUAAGCUGAAUUAAUAAAUGUGUAAAAUGGCAACAA